CUGUCUCUCCGUAACAUCAUCAAGUCAAAAACAAUCAAAGCAGAAUCUAAUUUAGCAGCUCUAUACUACCCACCAUCUUUGUGCCGUUCAAAAUGUCGAUGAUCCCAAGUUUCUUUGGCAACCGAAGGAGCAGCAUCUUCGAUCCUUUCUCUCUUGACGUUUGGGACCCUUUAAAGGAUUUCCCUUUUCCUUCCCCUUCCUUCCCGCGCGAUGAAAACUCUGCUUUUGUUAACACUCGCAUCGACUGGAAGGAAACCCCAGAAGCCCAUGUCUUCAAGGCCGAUCUUCCUGGCCUCAGAAAAGAGGAAGUGAAGGUCCAGAUUGAAGAUGAUAGAGUUCUCCAAAUCAGCGGAGAGAGGAAUGUCGAGAAGGAAGACAAGAACGAUACUUGGCAUCGCGUGGAGAGGAGCAGUGGCAAAUUCUCGAGGAGGUUUAGGCUGCCUGAAAAUACCAGGAUGAAUCAGGUCAAGGCUUCUAUGGAAAAUGGGGUUCUCACGGUGACCGUGCCCAAGGAAGAAGCAAUCAAGAAACAAGUCAAGAGCAUUGAAAUCUCUGGUUGAGAUUUGAUUUCCCUAUUUUGGUGUUGAUGCAUUAUUAUUAGGAUAAAAGAGUAGUACUACGUUUGCUAUCUGCCUUGAAAAUAUGUUAUGUUUAUGUUCCUGUUGUGAAGGUCGAGGUGUGUGGUGAUGGGUUACUUGUGCUGUAAUGAGAGUUAACUGAAAUUAACUUGUAUUUUCUGUGA